AUGGCAGGUAACGCCCAACCGGUCAAAAACACCAUAGACCGAAUGGCAGGUAUGGGGGCAGGCUUUGAUCAAGGGGCAGGCUACGCCAAGCUGACCGGUGCAUUGACCCUGAAAAACAACAUGUUCUUCGCGCUUUCACCUAUCACUGCGGUCAAGAGUCUCGUACAGAUUUUUGCUCAAGCGGAUCCAAAUGUUGGCAUGGCCCAAAUGUUUUUGGCAAACAUUCCCGAAACCUACAGCAUCGGUAUUGCCAGCCAAAAUCGGGAUAAUGGGGUUGCAGGAGAGCUAUUUAUCUCGAUCGGCGAUUUCAAGGAAAUCAUCAUUAUGCUCAUCAGUCUGCAGCAAAUGGAGGGAAUGCAGUGA